CAUUCAAAUCAUGGCGCACUGCGCGAUAUUUCUCGCCGCCUCGCCCCUGGCGCGGCGCUCGGCAGCCGCGAGAAUGUCGUCUUCCAUCUUUCUCCUCGGAAGACUGGUGCCGGCGCCGCGGCACGUUCACCAGGGAGUCGCAUUUCGGGCUCCGCCGACGAGAUUGCCCAGGCUCAGGACUGUUCGAUGUGAAUCACUUCCAAAGCAUCGGCUUUUUGUCACCGCCACUGCUGUUACACAAGCGCCUGCUCCAUCUCCAACCUCAUACGAUGCGGGAAAGAUACAGGUUUUAGAAGGAUUGGAGCCAGUAAGACGGCGUCCAGGGAUGUACAUCGGCAGCACUGGUCCUCGAGGUCUUCACCAUCUGAUUUAUGAAGUGCUGGACAAUGCCAUUGAUGAGGUUCAGGCUGGAUUCGCUACUCAAGUCGACGUUGUGCUUCACUCCGACGGCUCAGUCAGUAUUACAGACAAUGGCCGUGGGAUUCCAACUGAUGUCCAUCCAGCUACUGGAAAGUCUACUCUCGAGACUGUUUUAACGGUCCUUCAUGCCGGUGGUAAAUUCGGUGGUGAUGAGAGCGGAUAUACUGUAUCCGGUGGUCUUCAUGGCGUCGGCGUGUCAGUUGUAAAUGCGCUAUCUAAGAGGUUGGAAGCUACAGUCUGGCGCAACGGCCAGGAGUACCGACAGGUUUUUCAGCGAGGGAAGGCUGUUGGCAGCCUUACAACAAGAAGUCUUCCCAGAGAAAGCUCGAGCCGGACAGGGACUUGCGUGAAGUUCCUUCCUGACGACGAAGUCUUCACAACAACGACUGCAUUCGAUCCAAACAUCGUAUCUAGUCGUCUGAGAGAAGUUGCAUUUUUGAAUCCAGAGGUUACUAUUAAUCUCAAAGAGGAAAGUGCUACUACCGACGAGGUGUUUCAUUUUGGUGGUGGCCUCGUUGAGUAUGUAGAGUGGCUGAACCAGGAUAAGACGAAAAUUCACGAUCCAAUUUCUUUCAGUGUAGAAAAAGACGAUAUCUCUGUUAACGUCUCCAUGCAAUGGUGUUCUGAUGCCUACUCCGAUACAUUGCUGGGCUACGCAAAUAGCAUACGAACAGCAGAUGGUGGUACGCACCUAGAUGGCUUGAAAAUGGGCCUGACGCGUACUCUAAAUAUCCUCGGAAGGAGAAGCAAGGCAAUCAGAGAGAAAGGCGAUAAUUUAUCCGGUGAACAUGCUAGAGAAGGUCUCACUUGUGUCAUUUCGGUGAAAGUUCCCGAGCCGGAGUUUGAGGGUCAGACAAAGACACGCCUGGGUAACGUGGAAGUUCGUAAGAUUGUCGAGCAAGCUGUUAUUGAACAAGUGACUGAAUACCUUGAAUUUCGUCCCGACACGCUCGAGGCCAUCCUGUCGAAAGCUCUUCAGGCUUACAAGGCGGCUGAGGCUGCCAAGAAAGCGAGAGAAUUAGUGAGGCGGAAGAACGUUUUGAAAACGUCAACCUUGCCAGGAAAGCUUGCAGAUUGUACGUCCAGCGAUCCACGAGUGUCAGAAAUAUUCAUCGUUGAAGGGGAAUCCGCCGGUGGUAGCGCGAAACAGGGUCGCGACCGGGCGUUCCAGGCGAUACUUCCACUCAAAGGAAAAAUCCUCAACAUAGAAAGGAAGGACGAUGCUGCUAUUUACAAGAAUCAGGAAAUUCAGGACCUGAUAGUUGCUUUGGGACUUGGAACCAGGGGGGAGGAGUUUCAUAAAGACACUCUUCGUUAUCACAAGAUAAUUAUACUCACAGAUGCAGACGUCGAUGGUGCUCACAUACGAACGUUACUACUCACAUUUUUCUUCAGAUACCAGAGAGCUUUGUUUGAUGGCGGAUACAUCUACGUUGGCGUGCCACCCUUGUACAAGGUCGAGAGAGGAAAGCAUGCUCACUAUUGCUACAGCGAGAAUGAGCUGCAGGGAUUGUUGGGAACGUUUGCCGCCAAUGCUCCUUACAAUAUCCAAAGGUUUAAAGGUUUGGGCGAGAUGAUGCCUCUUCAACUAUGGGAUACGACAUUGGAUCCAUCCAAGCGAAUGCUCAAAAAGCUGACGCUAGAGGAUGCUGUGGAAGCAAGUUUUACCUUUUCUCGCCUCAUGGGAGACAAAGUGGAACCAAGGAAGGAGCUCAUCCUGAAAUCAGCAGCUCAGUUCAAACAGCAGAACCUUGAUGUCUAAACAGUCGCAUCCUGCGUUUUCUUCGACCAAAUGCAAUUUGUGUGAUGUGGGUGAAGCUUCUAUCGGUGCUUGAAAAGUUCCACGCAUAAUCUUCUCCUGCUUUUUGUUUAAAGUCGGCAUUCAUUCUCGCCUUGAAAACGCUUGCUGCCUUUUUUUAGUGUAUGGAACCGUGAACGAAUCAAUGCGUGCUCAUUUCAAAGUGUUACAAGGAAGGAAUAUGAUCACCACGGAUCCGGCAGCAGAAGGUGAAACAUCCACCAAGAUGCGAAGAGGAAGAGAAAGAAGAGCAUGUUGCCACCAUGAUUGAGGACUGAUUGAGAAGAGACAACCAGAUAACAACACGAGGAAGAGAAUCAACCCGCAAAGCAAAACAAGGAUUUCUUCGCCGAGGCAUUACUUCGAGGUGGUGGUAUUGUCGCGAUCAACGUUAGACAACUCGAAAGACUGUAAAGUAUGGCAAGAUCGAGCAAGCACGACAGUUUGGACGGCUACGAACAAACGUUAAAAAGGGUGAAAAAGCGUUGCAAA